GCACCACUGAUGUUGGAAAACAGGACACUGUUUACUUAUGAUGAGUACUACUAUGAUUAUGUGCCAGAAAGGCUAGCCUGGCACAGCUCUGGACGCCUAUGUAACCAGCGCACUGGGGCCUUAGCCAUCGUCUACAACGCUUUUGAGAAUCGAGAGUUGACCAACUUCUUGACGUCCUUGAACAGAACCCAGCCUGUUUGGAUUGCCAGGAAAGUCAUGACACACUUGAAAAGUUCCAUUGAGACCCUCAUCCUGGAGUUCAGGGGUCGAUCCGACAAGAAGAACGCGCGCCUCCUGCACACGUUCCCCUCCAUGGGCUCAGUGACCGUUUGCGCUCGCCUCCGAUUCGACCCGAGUUGCUUCGGAUUUUCCACUGUCUUCUCUUAUUCCAUCAAGUCAUUCAUUAAUGAGUUCCAGCUCCGUGGCAGGCUGGUUCAGGGCCAGCCAGUCCAGCUGGCUCUGCUGGUCCAUGGCACACAUGGGCCUUACCAGGAGGCCUUCCUCCAUGACGGCUCCUGGCACUCCGUCUGUGUCGGUUGGAGCCGACAUGGCGGGCGAUGGGCCUUGUACGCCGACGGGAGUCUCAUCAACAGAGGGGACGGCCUCAAUGUGGGGAGGGACAUCGGGCCUGAGGGGCUGUUCAUCAUUGGCCAGGAGCAGGACACCUUUGGCGGAUCAUUCCGGAGUGUCGAGUCCUUCUCUGGUAGUAUAUCACAGCUGAACGUUUGGGAACGGGCGUUGAACGACAGUGAAAUCCACGCCAUGGAAAAGGAAUGCUUGUUCAAUUCACCUGGGCUGGUGUUCAAUUGGAGCAAGGCCGCCCUAGAAAUUGAGUCCUCCCUCAAGAGUGUGUGGGGAGACACCCCUUGUCAAGUUAAUAACAGUGAGUCAGCGGGCCAUUUUCUUGACACCCUACGGAACGCAGGUUUGGAGCCCUAUCACAACUUUUCUGACGAGGCAGUCAACGCCCCCAAGAUUGGGCAGUGUGUCACCUUCGACCCCCAAAGUGGGAGUUGGGGUCUGGAUGCGUGUGAUUCGUUGAGAGGGGCCGUCUGCCAGUUUGAGAAAGAAAGCUUGGACAUAUUUGGCUUCCCCAAGACGGCGUUCUUCACCAAAGUGAGCAAAGAUCUGCUCUCCAUGUCUGUGACGGGUGAGAUAAGCGUGAACGCAUCUUCUGAGGCGGAGCUGUCAUUGAUGAACCACCUGACCAGGGCUCUGCUGAGGAUGCUGGAGGCGGAGCCAGACAUCCUCCAAGCCGCUGACGUGCUCUACCUGACCCAGAUGAUGGAGCUGACAGCCUCCGCCACCACCGCCUCCGUCUUGGCCUUCACUCUGCCGCCCUCGGAAGCUGUGGUCUCCAUCGCCAGCAACUACCUAAAGCUGGCCAGCCUCGUCCUGGAGCCUGCUGUGGCCAGCCGGUGGCUGGGUUUGACGGAAGACGGGACUGCUGUUGGUCCAUUUACUGUUGUGGAGAGUAUUGACAAGCUAACGGCGGCGUUAGCUGAUGUGCUGUCUCUGGAGAGACAAAGCUUCACGCUGUCAAUGAAAAACAUAGACGUACACAUCGAGGCUCGAAAGCUGUCCCAGAUGAGCUGCAGCUGUGUGUUCAAACCGCCGGUGUACGGUAGCGGCCCCGGCAGAGGUAGCAGCCAGGAUGAGUUGCUCAUCCCAGAUAUCGAGGUCCAGAGACUGCACUCCCUCGGUUACAAGGAGCUCAUGUUCAUCCAUACUUACUACAGUCACCUGAUGGAGAUCCAGUCUGGAAUGGAAGGAUCCAAACACGACAAAAGCGAUCCCUCCAGUCGCUUGACCAGUGCGGUCAUAUCGGCGUCUGUCCGAGACACUUCCAAGGCCCACACCAUCCCGGUGGCCGUUCAGUACACCCUCUCUUCCUCGCACGUGGUGGAGUAUACUCCACGAGUCAUGCCUGUUUGUGCCUUUUGGAAUUUCAGCCUGAUGACAGGUUAUCCCAACGGUUGGUCCAUUGAGGGAUGUGUGGUGACGUAUGCUGGCUCUGAUACUACUUCCUGUUUAUGUAACCACACCACAAACUUUGCAGUGUUGAUGAAUUACAUGGAAGCCAAGUGGAGCCCUGAGGAGGAGGUUAUUUUGACCAAGCUGACGUUUAUCGGUUCUGGGGCGUCUUUGUGUGCCCUCGUGGUGACCUUGAUGCUGUUCACCGUGCUGGACAUCCCAAAGUCUGACCGGACAUCGAUCCACAAGAACCUGUUCAUCUCCCUGACCUGUGCCCAGGUCGUACUGCUCUGCAGUGGCUCAGCCGUCAACGACAAGGUGGCGUGCACCCUGGUGGCAGCCCUUCUCCACCUGUUCUUCAUGGCGUCCUUUAGCUGGAUGCUGGUGGAGGGCCUUCUGCUCUGGAGCAAGGUGGUGACUGUGAACCUGAGUGAAGACCGCCACAUGAAGUACUACUACUUCAUCGGCUGGGGUCUGCCAGUGUUGAUAGUCACCAUCACGCUCGCUUCGGCCUCUGGGAAGUACUCUGCUGAUGGCCACUGCUGGCUCAGUGUCCAGAACGGAGUCAUCUGGGGCUUCGCUGGCCCUGUCAUCUUCAUCAUAAUGGUGAACAUCAUGGUCCUGACGAGGGUGGUGGUCAUCACUCUGUCCACAGCCAAGAGGAGGUCCAUCAUGCUGGCUCUGGGCAGCAGUCCUGUGGAGCAGGCCUAUGAACAGAUCCGGGCUGCAGUGAAAGCAGUGCUGGUGUUGCUGCCUAUCCUAGGCCUGACCUGGCUGUGUGGUGUGCUGGUGCCCUUCUCCAUAGUCAUGGGUUACAUCUUCAUCCUGCUCAACUCUCUGCAGGGGCUUUUCAUCUUCCUGAUAUAUGGGGUCUACAACACAGAGGUUCGGAGCACUGUAAACAGGAUCAAGGAGAGAAGAAAAGCUCUUAAUCUUUCAAACUGUGCCAGUUCCAGACCCUCCAGCUCCGUGACGAGCACUCGCCCCACCAGCUCCCCUGUCCCUGGGCCCCCGAGUCCCCACAGCCCUGGCCUGGAGGAGAAGAAGGAGGAGGGGCCCCUCCCUGGCCAGCAGCCCACCCUCUGCCCCACUGACCCCCACAUCUGUGAGCUGGCGGAGAGGGAGGGGAGCUCAGACAACGGUGAGUAUGUGUGUUCAUGUGUUCACAGGUCCACUUCCUCUUCCAUGUGUUCCAGAGAGACUGGAGGAGUCUUCGGUCCAAGCUUCUCACAGCGUCCUAAUCCCGAUCAAGUUGGGUGGUCCGCGCCUCUCCCUGGAAAGUGGACGCCUUGAGACGACGAUUCAUCUUUGAAGGGGCCGGGUUAUGGCCUGAAAACCAAUACCCCCAGUGUACACAAUUAAGUUCACACCAGAGGUUACACAGGGAAAUGGUCUCCAUUCCGUGGAGGUGUGAAUCGGUUGAACCCGUACAGAAUCAUGAUUCUCUAUGGUCAAGGUUACGCAAUUGGGGGUGGGGUGGCGGGGUGGGCUCUGAGCAGGUUGGCUGUCCCCAUAGCGAUUGUGCCUCUUUGGCUACUUUCAUCCAAUCACUGAGACAGCUCUUCCAGUGUUCUGAUCACUUUCAGCUGUGUUAGAUUCUGCUGUGGGAGACUUCUACUGUGCAGGAAAAUUGUGUGUUUCCUUUUUGUAACAUGGCUUUAUCCUCGAGUGCUUCAAUCUAUAUUGUUUUGAUCCUCACGCAGGAUAUAUUUACAAUGUAUUGGCUUUUCUUCCUUGUCCUAAAUUUUUCCUCCAUUGUUAAUGAAUGUCGUUGUUGUUGGUGUUCAUAGUCUCUUCAGAUUUUUGGUCUAACUACUGCUCAUUGUUUAUUUGUCUACAAUAUACAAACUCCAAAUCCAUAAGCCAGUUCAAUCCAUGACAAGAAAUGGCAGCCUCCGUUAAAGUGACUGUGUACAAAAUGCAUGUAAGUUUAAAUGGCACCAUAUAUAUGAAACCCUUAACAAUUAGACAAUAUGAACACAAAAUAAAUGUUCAAAAUCCCUCCAGUUGAAUUCAAUCCCAGCACUUUAUCUGACUCACGUGUCUGUUCACCAUACAAGGGGCCUGUCACAAGCCCCCUGCCCCUCAUCAGAGGCACCACACGCAAUUGGGACCCCCACAACAGGCCAGGUGGGCCCCUCCACUCACACUCAGUCAGGGCCCCCCUCCACCCCCACCCCCGGGGCCUCCCUUGACUCCAACUCGCCGGCUAGCUUGUCAGUCAUGGCAUGCGGGUGGUGGUGGUGAUGGGGGGGGGGUGGGUUCAGCUGGGCUUCCUGUUUUGCCCGAGUGCAGCUCCGCUUCCUGGCAAGGGACCGCUGAUGUCAGUCUGUCAGCGAAGAGGGAACAUGUACACACGAGAGCGGGA